AUGAGACGACCCUUGUACUUUGCCCCUACGCUUCUGGAAAGCCCUAGAGAAACGAUCGGAGCUUCAGUCGAGUACGAGACACAGGUGUUGAGUCUCACAUAUAUCGGGCGAUUUUUUAUCCUCAUUGAUCCUUUACCUUCCAGGGCAACCAUGUGGACAAUAACUGUCAUGCUAGUAGCUGUGUCUGUCACCAACACUGCAGCUCUAAGACCAUGCUGCGAAUACCCAGGGAUUCCUAAACUCUUAGCAAAAUUUGCCGAUUGCUACAAGGAUGGGAAACCACCAGUAAAUCUUGUGGGCUACGACAAAGAGGUUACUCUAAAAUACAUAUCCAAAGACGUUCUGCCAAAAAAUGUAUCUUGUGUAAAAGGUAGUCAACAACCAGGAAAAGGCUUGGUGGAUCUGUUUUUAACUGAUGGAAGUCAAGUGCAUCUUACCUACAAACAGCAAGUAGAAGGAAACAAAAUCGUGGAAUGGGGUAAUCAUCUUAUGACUUUUAUUGAGGUUUAUAUUAUUAUUUGCUGGUUACAGCAAAUGUAA